AAUUGGUCACAGCGUCGAGACAAAAUAAACGGGUGCUGACUAUGAUUACCCAAUAUUCAAACCCCUCCUUCAACGGCCUCAGCUUGAGAAGCAAUCUCGAGAUCGACAGCAACAGUUGACGAUAGUCCAGCUUAGACAUAGGAACCGUUGACUUCUCACAAUGAAAGAUUCCAAGAAAGCAGUGGUACUUGGCAUUAGUGGGUGUUCAUCUAGUGGUAAGACAACACUUAGUCGACUUCUCCGUGAUAUCUUUCCACAUACUUUCGUUCUUCACGAAGAUGACUUCUAUAGACCCGAAGAAGAACUCCCUAAGAAGCAUGAUCUAGUAGAUUGGGACUGCGCGGAAGCUUUGGAUAUACCAGAAAUGGUCAAGUCUCUUGAGCAUAUACGCAAAGAAGGCACAUUUCCUCCUAAUCUCGAUUCCAAAGAAGACAAAAAUUCUAUAGGAGAAUGUCCCGUGUCGGAUGAAGAUAUCGAGGCAUUGAAAUCUGAAGUUAAGACAUGGACUCAGCCUGGGCAGCCAGGACAUGGAAUCUUAUCAGACACAGAUUCUCCCAUUCGUCUUUGCAUCUUUGAUGGAUUUCUUCUCUAUUCCAAGUCCUUGGCCGCACUUCAAUCCCAGAUCGACCUAAAACUUUUCCUACGUGUUAGUUAUGAAAAAGCAAAAGGUCGAAGGGAGGCUCGUAGUGGCUAUGUGACUCUCGAGGGAUUCUGGGAAGAUCCACCUGGAUACGUCGAUAAGAUUGUAUGGCCAAAUUAUGUUGAGGAUCACAAAUGGAUGUUCGAAGGUGAUGAUGUCGAGGGUAAAUUAAAAGAAGCUGUUGUUAGGGAGCUAGGUCUGAAAUGCCAGGAUGGAGGUUUGGACAUUGAUAUGACCACGACUCUCAAGUGGGCCGUGGCUACAGUUAUGGAAUUUUUGCCUUCAUUUGCAAAAAAAGACUGAACAGCCGGGAAGUGGUCAAUUGAGGUAGUUGUAGGUUUAAUGGCGAUGUGAUCAGCAUUCGCACGUUUGGAUACCCUCCAUGGACCUAAGUCAGAACUUUCAACUCGAACUAGUGGGGCUGUUGUUUCGUUGGUGUCCCCGAACAAUGGAAUAGCUGAAGACAGAAAAGCUUAAUGUUGUAGUCUACCAUUGACAAAGAUAGAUACGACAAAGGAAAUAGGGAACAAUUCAAAACAUAUGAAGAUUUCUUUAAUACAUAACAAAGGGUAUGCUAGCACUGAGAAUCAGUGCAU